AUGUACUCUGCGCCAGACAUCGACCGACCAACGAAAAGACCGCGCCUGUCAUACACCCCUGACAAUUCAGAAGAAGUUCCCGAGGAAUUUGAUCUCCCUGCUGCGCGUGCCCGAAAUGACUCGCGCCUCAAAUCUCUAUUCGAGGGUAUCUUCGCCAAAUACAGCCAGGACUUUACCGAUGUCGGCGAUGAGAUCGACUUGCAGAGUGGGAAGCUUGUGGUAGACAAUGGUCAUCUGUCUAGAAUGCAGGGCGAAACUGACACGGGCGCUCAUUCCCCAUGGGCUCAGGGUGGCGACGAGUCGGACGACGCUUCAGACGCCCAAGGCGCAGAGGAACAUGAAGACCAAUACGCAGUGUCUCACAGCGGUGAUUUACUGGAUGAUCAACAUGAAACAGCUACGAAAUUUACCGUGAAUGAGACUACUGCGGACUCGGACUUUGUGUUUACUUACAAAGCGUCCAAGGCUCCAGGACUCAGUCCAAUGGCCAAGAGCGAAAAAGCCACCUUGAACACUACACCCAAGCCCCAAGAUUCUAUCUGGCAGGUCCCUGACUUGCCACAGACCUACGCAACACCCACUACCGGCCCUGGCGGCCGAAAAGUCAAUAUUGCCUUGACCCCACAGAUCGGAUCUGCUCGGUCUCCAUCGCCGCCUGGGAGUGGCUCGAUCUGGGCCAUUGCUAAACGCGGCAGGCCACGAACCGAGGGGAAACCCAAGGCCACGCCAAGUCAGCGGCAGCCACGUGGGAAGCGAAAAUGCCACUCAAGCCCACUAACAUCUGACUGGUCUUUUGCAAGGAUACCAGAUGGUGAUGAGUCCGACGACCCUUUGCAGGAGAAGGAUUGGGCAUCACCUUCACCAUUAAAAAUGAGGAACAUCCGCGGGAAACGUGUGCAAGUGUCGGACAAACAAGGCGACAAUUUAUCUCCUCGGCCCGUGUGUACUACUUCAAAACCAGAUCGUACAUACGAAACCGACGGCGCGGAGCAACACCACGAUGGCCAAUCGCCACAGGAAACUACCCAAAAGGAGGGGACAUUGAAUGAUAUCUUACCAGACAAAGAUACAAUCCUCAACCCCGCGCAAGCUGUAUCAGUCCACUCCGCUCAAGAUACGCCAAGCAAAAGGCGACAUAUUGCGCCCGACGAAGCAAAAUUGAUCGUGUCAAUGAUGCACAAGGACGGCAAGAAAGUGAAUGACGUAGUUCAAUGUCUCCCUGAUUGCCCCAACCGGACUAUCCUAAAUUGGUAUUACUACCAUUGGACUUGUCGUCUGGCAAAUCCGCCUCACCUUUCGGGCCCCUGGUCGCAGGGCGAACUUGCAGCUUUAGGUCGUCUCAGCAACCAAUCGGGUCUCUCUUGGGCUGAAAUAAGAGACGAAUUUCGCAAUCGUUCACUCAAUGAGAUUGAGUUCCACCUGCUUCGUCUUUCUGUCGAUGGACCCCUGCCGGGAGACGUGGACGGACAGGAGCACGAGGAAGAAGCGGAAGAGAGACCCGAAGUGCUUACUUCAAGUGAACAGAUUGGAGAUGGCGCAGCUGAAAGCCCCACUGGGGCAAAGGUACCAUGCGUGGAAGCGCAAGACCAGACUAUCAAAGAAGAGGACCAAGUCCAGGCAUAUCAGCCAGUCGGAGAUGAUGCGCACGCUGUGAUGAAAGAGGAAAGUCAUGCAGAUCCAUUCUUCCAUUCACAUGCCGCCCAAGAGGCACCCAUGGAAGAUGAGCUCAUGGAACAGCAAAAUCCCGACGAAGAACCUGAACUAUCUAUCCCGAAGGCCUCGCAGGCUUCAAGACAAGGUACCAAUGCUUCUGCAUUUCCUAUUGCUCAGAGUAAUUCUGGAGGUUUUAUCGAGGUAGAUGACCAUAUUAGCAAGAAGCCUACACCCCAGAUCUUACUGGAUAUCUCUAUGAACACAGCGAUUUAG